GUCCCACCACCCCCACAGGGAAGAGCUUCCUUAUAUCCAGCCUGAACAUCCCCUGUUCCUGUUUCAACCCAUUCCCUCUUGUCCCAUCACUACAAGGCAGGAGAUGGGCUGAGGAGCCCCAAGGGAUGCCCCAUCCCUUUGUGCCUCCAUCCCCAGCCUCCCCCAUGGGGCCUGCACCCAAACCCAUCCACCUGUUCCUAAUGGGAUCACUCGGCUCGAUAGGCAAAAAUGAGGUGUGGAUGAGAGCACCUGCAUGGGAAGCCCGGAGGCAAGAGGGCUCCAUGGGCUGUGCCACCAGAGCUGGGCUAUAAAUGCCCAUCGAGCCCCAGCUGCAGCAUCCUGACUGCUCACUGCUGCCUGCUCCCUGGCACACAGGAGCCUGGCGAUGGCAUCUCCCCUGGAGCAGGCGCUGGCCAUGAUGGUCACCACCUUCCACAAGUACUCGGGCAAGGAAGGGGACAAGUACAAGCUGAGCAAGCAGGAGCUCAAGGAGCUGCUCAACAAGGAGCUGCCUGUCUUUGGGAGCAAGCAAAUGGAUGAUGCUGAGUUCAAGAGGCUCAUGAACGACCUGGACCACGACAAGGACAGCGAGGUGGACUUCAAGGAGUACGUCUGCUUCCUGGCCUGCAUCACCAUGGGCUUCAAUGAGUUCUUCAGGGAUUGCCCCACCAAGCAGCACCGCAAGAAGUGAU